AUGGAGAAAUUUUAUUUAUUUGCGUUGUGUACAAUCUUGUCAUUAUGCUGCAAUUCAUUUGCAAACGAGGACCAACAACCUUUGGCGGAAAGUCCUGAUGCCGAAUAUGGCGGUGACUUGAAAAGUGCGGAGGAAGGAGCAGCGGGAGAGGAGGAGAUGGAUCUGAGCAAAGAGCAGGAUCCGGAGAUGGAAUAUAAGAAAGGAUCUCUUUGUGGGUACUGUACCUACUGCAAGUUUUGCAAGAUGUGUGACAGAGAUUGUCCAUGCACAAAAAGCCCCACGAGACCAAACUGUGAUUUAUGCAAGUACUGCAAAUAUUGUUACCUAUGUAAACUGGCUUGUGAUACAUUCUGUCAGCCUGGGGGAUAUGUGGAUCGUUAUACAUCACUGCUGUUCAGAAACUUUCUUGAAAAAUCAUUGAUUGCUCUUACAUUCAAAAUGAUUCAAGUAACUCAAUUUUUAAUCCCAUUUAGUAAAUUGCCUUAUUAUGACAAAGAGGAAAUCGACAAUGACCUUAAUAAAGUAAAAGACUGGAUUGACAAGAACAAAGAUGAACUGUAG